CGGUCUUAUAAAGGAAACGGCGACCAGGAAGGGCGGCACUCUCCCUCCGGCCCGACACCAGCGAUCCGGCCCAUGGACGUCGGGCACGAUUGCGAACAGAAGGCCAGCCGCAUCCUCCGGCCGCACUCCACUCCUGCCACUUUGAUGUGGUUGGAAGAGAAUUACGAAGUAGCCGAAGGCGUGUGUAUCCCUCGCAGCGCUUUAUACAUGCAUUACGUGGAUUUCUGUGCCAAGAAUGGCAUGCAGCCCGUUAACGCCGCCAGUUUCGGAAAGAUCAUCAGGCAACAAUUCCCUCAAUUGACUACUAGACGUUUGGGAACACGGGGACAAUCAAGAUAUCAUUAUUACGGCAUCGCUGUCCGAGAAUCAUCUCUAUACUUUCAGCUUUCUUACUCCAAAAAGGGCACUGGCAGCAAUCACGACAUUCAGAGAGAAGUCAACAAACAGAUUCCUCUGUACUCUCCGAGAUCGCGCCUAGGCACCGUCCUUCCAGAUUUUCCCACUGUUAAAGAACUGAACCUUCCUUCUUCUAUUGAUGUAGAAAAGAUCACCACCUUCUUAAUGAUGUACCGAACACAUUGUCAGAGGUUGCUGGACACUAUCAUUCGCGGAAGUUUUAACGAGGUGCAAAACUUUCUACUACACUUUUGGCAGGGAAUUCCUUCUCAUCUUUCGCCUCUGUUUGAGACUAAUGUCUUAGUUAACUUGAUUGGAGUAUGCGAUUCCAUCUUGUAUAAGGCCAUUUCUAGUGUGUUGCUGCCUACUGUUUUACAAACUCUUCCAGACAGUUUAACUAAACUCAUCCGUAGAUUUGUCCAGGAACUAGACGGUUGGCUCAAAAUGGCUUUAAAUAACCUUCCGGAGGGUCUUAAAACCAUUAAAUUGGAAAUGGCCAAACGUUUCGCUCAAGUAUUGCGUAGACAAAUGUCCCUAAAUCAUUUGACCCAAGCUUCCCGAAUGGUGGUCCACAACGGUGACGUCAUCUCUCAGAUGUUACACGAUUGGAGACAAAUCGACAUUGAUGCUAUUUGUCGGGAAACUCUAUACAGCAUGGAACAAGACCAAAAUGGACUCACUUGUCAGCUAAUUAAGAAAUUUUCCAAAGAGUUCGAAUCCUUGUUGGAGGAGGAAGGCUCGAUGGAAGCCUACGUAGAAUGGUUGGAGGCUUUGGUUAAUAAAUGUAUUCUAUUGCCGAGUAGUAACGCCAGCAUUUCCGUGCGACGUUUGGCAAGUCAAUUUCUAUUGACAUGGUCAGCUUUCGGAACUCGGGUAAUCAGGGACAUGACAUUACACAGCGCAGCUAGUUUCGGUUCUUUCCAUCUUUUGCGUUUGAUGUUUGACGAUUACGUGCUGUUUCUAGUGGAGACUAUACACAUAGAAGAACAAGUGAAAGAGUUUUUGAGGAAUAUUGCCAACGAUAUGCCUCCACAAAUACCGGAUACUUAUUUGGCAGGAGCAGAAUAUUCUCAAAUUCCUUUUGGUUUAGACACGUCAUACAAUACUAGGGAACAGUAUAGCAACAUUUCGACUAUUUCCAAUCAAGAGAUACCU